UACAUCUCACCUCCAGCCUAUUUCCUGUCUGUGUGCAAGACAUGGUUAACUAGCACUUCUUCAAAUGAUGCUUCUGUUUAAGUCCUGUGUUUUGGAUCUGACGGCGCAUGAACAGACGAUGUUGAUUUGAUUGCAGCUGUUGUUCACGUUUUGCAGUUUUAUGCGAAAUGAACAAAGUUCCUGCGUCUACUGUCUUCUGAACUUACUGCUUCUAUCGACACUGAUUAAGGUGCGGCAGCCAGUGGUGAUAGAGUAAAGCGAAGCCAUGCCAGCCCCCCCGCCCCCACCGCCCCCGGGGCCUCCCCCUCCUCCGACCUUCAAUCUUGCGAACACAGAGAAGCCAGCGCUGAACCGCUCAGAGCAGCAGGGAAGGGGCGCUCUUCUGUCUGACAUAUGCAAAGGCGCCCGGUUAAAGAAAGCUGUAACAAAUGACCGCAGCGGGCCCGUAUUUGAGAAACCCAAAGGAGGAGGUGGUGGUGGAGGCGGAGGAGGAGGAGGAGGAGGAGGCGGAGGCUGUGGAGGAGGAGGUUUUGGUGGGGGGUCACCUGGGGGUUUAGGGGGCCUUUUUGCAGGGGGGAUGCCAAAACUGAGGUCUGCAGCAAACAGAGAGUCUAAUGAUUCAGGACCCAGUCGUGGACCUAUUCUCCCCCCAGGGGCUCGCCCUGGCGGCCCCAGUUCCUAUGGUGGAGGCGGUAGCCCCUCUGGCCCUCCUAAACUCCCAGGUGCUCCUUCUGUUCCCCGUAGCAGUCCUCCUGAUCUUCCGAGGGGCCGCCCAGGUCAGCCAUCAAGGCAGGACUCUCCAGGAGGGGGCCCCCCUCCCUUACCAAACACACCAAGACCUUCCCAGGGCUUCCAGUCUCGUGGUGUCCCACCUCCAUCCUCACUCCCCGGAGGACCCAAACCGAGCCCCGCAUGUGCGAUGCCACCACCUAGUGUGCCAUCAGGCAGGCACGGGCCCCUUCCUCCCCCACCAAGAAGCUCCUCGCCAGGAUCCUUUCCACCCCCACCACCCUCCAAUGGCAGCAGACCUCCUUUACCCGCGGCUCCUGGAGGACGGCCUCCUCUUCCAGAUGACCGACCGCCCCCGCCUCCAGCCCCAGCAGGAGGUUUCCGUCCAUCUAUGCCCCGUGACAUGCCCCCACCCCCUCCUCCCUCUUCCAAUUCUAGACCGUCUCCUUCCUCAUCGAGUCGACCACCAGCUGUUGGGGGUACACCCCCUGUGCCACCAGGACGACCAGGCCCUCCCCCGCUCCCUCCAGGCCCCGGCGGAGGGGAUGAGCUGAGCACACCCCGUUUGCCCCAAAGAAACAGCUCCCUCAACAGUCACAGUCCAGCACCCCCACCUGGUCGGGCAGGAAAUCUGCCUCCUCCACCAUCUGAAAGACCACCACCCUUUGGAAAGAACCAGUCAUUUUCACGCUCAGGUCCUCUUCCCCCUCCGCCUCCUACAGGUCGUAAUGUUGGCGUUAGAUCUCCACCUGUACCCGCUCCUCCUAGUCGGCCAGGUCCAGACCCACCCCGUGGUGGCCCUGGUGGCCGACCUCCACCGCCGCCAGACAGACAGGGCUCAGUAUCCUUUCCUCCUCCACCACCCAUGGGAAAUGGCUUCCAGAACUCUCACCACAACCAGUUUCAGGACGAAUGGGAGAGUCGGUUCAGUUUCCAACCGGUGUCAGACUUUCCUCCGCCUGAACCUUACGUGUCUUCUCCCAAGACUUACCCCAGCAAACUUGCCAAGACAGAUGGCAAAGGUCCUGGUAAAAAGGAGAGAGGAGCUCCUCCUCUUCCUCCCGUACCCAGGUGAACAAAAGAUGGCAGCCAUGCCCAACCUCAAGAAGACCCACUCCUUUUCUUUACCUGUUUUUAUCAUCAUGCUUUGACCUGCUGCAUGACAAUCAUAUGGAGACGGAGUUCAGUGAACUGUCACCAAGCAAAAGCAGACACUCAGAAUGUAGCUGCAUCGAACUUUGUUCAGGUCUACAUCAGGCUGAUAACUUUUGUUAUUCUGAUCCCACCAACCAUCCCAGUUUCCUGUGGAACUGAUUCCUGGUUUACCUAAGAGCUUAUAUUUGGAAGGUCCUCAAAUGGUUUACUGAGAUCAUAUGUUUUUAUAAAAGCUGUUGCUCCCAUGUCAGAUGUGCCUUUUUGUUGUUGAAAGUGAAAAAAAUGAGUGGAGUUAUUAAAGAGCGAGCUCCAGUAAAAGAAGACUUUUCAUGUGCAAAAGCAUCCGUCUGUCACCGUCUGAAUGUUUCUGUUGGGAUUACGUAACGGUACGCUUGUGGACAGUUGUGGGUGAUUAAAAAAAAGAGAUUUAAUUGAUUAAAUCACAAAUAACUGCAUUUUUAUUUGUUAAAAUACUUUAAAGGACUGUAAAUGAUACAAAGGACAGUGCAGUACAGGUUUUGACAAGAAUUUUGUAUUUUGAAAUCUCAAGACUUUCAGAAGAAAAUGAAACUGGAUUGAUCAAAUAAAGCACCUUUAAUAAGAAAGUUAGAAUAAAAACAAAAUACUUUUUAAUAUACAUUAUCACAAUGCACAUUUAUCACAGACUGAAAUGUUUUAUAUCAUCAAAUAAUUAUAUAUGAAUCAUUUACAUAUUGAUGCAAUAAAGUGGACAAUAAAUUGGAACAUGAAAAUGUGA